GCCACCCCAGAAGAUGUGGGUUUUGCCCAGUCCCAUGUUUAGACACCGGAACUGAGCCCACAACAUGACCAGGUUGGUGGUGAUGUGCCCCAGACAGUAGCAAUGAACUCCCUGCGUUAGGAGUUGUCUUGGAGCAGUCGGAAACCACCUGUCAUAUAUCAGAACAAACUACAUAUUAUCAUUGGCAUUAUCAUCACCCAAAUGAAGGAUUUGCUGCCUUCUCUCAGCAUGGGAAACAUUAGCACUUCUAACAUCUCACCCUGAAAAAGGAUGCCACUUCCAAGUCAGCCACUUAAAUGUAUGCUGUGGCCUCUCCUUCCUCGGCCUGCCUCUGGCAUCACUAGUUCAUGGGAGAAACACAGGUGAUUUAAGUAUCAGAGCUGGCAUCCAGGGGACUGGCUCACUUGCAGUUCCUUCCUCUGUAAGGAUGCACCAGCUUGAAUUAAUGGUGAAGCCUGGAGAGGCAGCAGCUCUCUGCAGGGACUGGGGCAUGACUGCCAGUAAUUAUUAUUUACUGGUAGGGACAUGGCUGUAGAAGGGUUGAGGAGGCUGAAGGAUGCCUAUGGUAUGAUUUGCCACUGCUAGCCCCAUCACAGGUGUCCCUCCACCUUGUGUUGCCCAGGUCUCUUGCACCAAGUCUAGCAAUAUCUUCAAGCAAGAGCUCCCUGUAGCACUGCUGCCUGUCAGCUAAUUAAGGUCCUGUGCUGCUUCUGAAAAGAAAGGUGGACAAAACUGGGAAACUCUCAGAAUAAGAUAAAUAUAUCUUUAGGUACAGGGAGGUUUCCUGCCAUAAGUAACAGAAACAUUACAGUAUACAAAUACUGCAGCUGUUGUGAUUGAAAACAGGCAUUUUAAAAUCUGAUAUGGUCAUACAUUCUCCAGCAAGUCUCAGUAUUUCUCCAGUGUUGGCAGCAGUGCCACAUACUUGCUAAUACUUAAAGUAAAUCUACAAGCAUUUACUGAUACAGUAAUUACACAGCUAGAAGAGACCCCCUGUUAUUUGCUUUUAUUUCAUGGUAAGGAUUCCCCAGAAAAACUACAAAAGGUAUAAAAAAAAAUUAAUAAAUCCUUCUUGUGCAAAGGGAGCAGCUUGAAGGCAGACCUUUGACAGCAGCGGGGAUUGCUGCUACCCUGCUAACCAGGGAAAGGAGCUCCCCCAGGGGGAAACUAACAAGGUAGAAGGCAGGAAGGGAAAAGUGAAUCGCCAAACAUCCUUUUCUGUCUUUUCAGACUUGAGACCAAAUGCGGGUUUUUAAAGGCCCCACCUGUGCAACAGCAAACUCUUGCUUUUGCUAGGAGUGCUAGUAAAGAACCAUCAAGCACAACGCAGAGGUGCAGCACUUCCAACUGGAAGGGAAAACUCCCAGGCUAUCCAGCCCUUAACCCUGCCAUGGCCACAAAAGCCACCGGCUCUAAGAAAUACUUCCAGCUGCUCCUUUUUCAGGUCACUCUUCUAGGGCCUGUCUUCUGCGGGAACGUGUUGGUCUGGCCAACGGAAGGCAGCCACUGGCUGAACGUGAAGAUAGUUAUACAGGAGCUCAUCCGCCGUGGGCACAGCGUUACCAUCCUGGUAUCCAACGCUUCCCUCUUCAUUAAACCCAGGGCUGAGGCCACGGAGAAGUUUGAGGUCUAUAAUGUGCCCUUCAAGAAAGACACCAUUGAGAACCUGAUCGAGGGUAUAGUGGCACUGUGGCUGAAUAACAGGCCAACCGCCUUGACCUUCUGGCAGUUUUACAAGGAGCUGGGAAAACUGUCCAAAAACUGGCACCAGAUGAACAGGCUAAUGUGCGACGCGGUGCUAACCAACCGAGAGCUGAUGGCCCACCUGCGGGGGUCUAGCUAUGACCUGCUGCUGUCGGACCCAGUGACCCUCUGUGGGGACCUCCUGGCUCUCAAGCUGGCUGUCCCCUUCAUCUACUCACUGCGCUUCUCCCCGGCGUCCACUGUGGAGAGGCACUGUGGUAAGAUCCCAGCCCCACCAUCUUAUGCCCCCGCAGCCCUGUCCGAGCUCACUGACUGCAUGUCCUUCAGUGAGAGAAUAAAAAACAUCGUGUCUUACUACCUGCAAGACUAUGUUUUCCAGAGCUACUGGGGAGAAUGGGAUAUCUACUAUAGCAAGGUGCUGGUCUGGCCUGCUGACAACAGCCACUGGCUGAACAUGGAGUACAUACUCCAGGAGCUUGUGGUCCGGGGCCACGAGGUGACUGUACUGCUGCCUUCCUGCUUCCUCAUCCUCAGCCCUACACAGCCUUCACCCUUCCAGUUUGAGGCGGUUGAUGUGCCCAUCACCAAAGAGGAGAUGGCUGCCUUACUGGAAGAAGCUUUCUAUUUUUGGUUUUACCAGGAGAGAGCACUACCUGUCUGGGAAAGUCUUUAUAAGAUAGCACAACUGGUAUACAAGCUGGAGAACACAACCAAAAUAAUUUGUGAUGAAGUCCUGAAGAAUGAGGUGCUGCUGGAAAGACUAAGGGCAUCCGCCUUCGAUGUCCUCUUGGCAGACCCACUGGCACCCAGCGGGGAGCUGUUUGCUGAGAAGCUGGGUAUCCCCUUCGUGUAUACCAUCCGGUUCUCCAUAGGCAACACAGUGGAGCGGCUCUGUGGGACACUUCCAGCACCUCCUUCCUAUGUACCAGCCACCCUAAGCCGCCUAACAGAUAGGAUGUCCUUCCUGGAAAGGUUAAAGAACAUCUUCACCUACACUUUGCAGGAUAUUAUGUAUCAUUACCUUCUCUGGGGAAGCUGGGACCAAUACUACAGUGAUGUUUUAGGAAGGCCCACAACCCUGUGUGAGACGAUGGGGAAAGCUGAGAUAUGGUUAAUCAGAACAUACUGGGAUUUCGAAUUUCCACGCCCUUUCCUGCCCAACUUUGAGUUCGUUGGAGGACUUCACUGCCAGCCUGCAAAGCCGUUACCGAAGGAAAUGGAAGAAUUUGUUCAGAGCUCAGGGGAACACGGCAUUGUGGUAUUCUCUCUCGGGUCAAUGGUCCACAACCUAACUGAUGAGAAAAGCAAUGUAAUUGCCAGAGCCCUCAGCCAGCUUCCACAAAAGGUCCUCUGGCGGUACAAAGGAAAAAAACCAGAAGCUUUGGGCUCCAACACCAGGAUUUAUGACUGGAUACCCCAAAAUGACCUGCUUGGCCAUCCUUCAACGAAGGCCUUUAUUACUCAUGGUGGGACCAAUGGGAUCUAUGAAGCUAUCUACCAUGGGAUCCCAAUGGUUGGGAUACCCAUGUUUGGCGACCAGCACGACAACAUUGCUCACAUGCGGGCAAAGGGAGCUGCAGUUGAGCUAGAUUUCAGCACACUGAAGACACAGGACCUAGUUGAAGCACUGAACAUGGUCAUUAACACUUCCACCUAUAAGGAAAAUGCUCUAAGGUUAUCCAAGAUACACCAUGACCAGCCAGUUAAGCCUCUGGACAGAGCAGUCUUCUGGAUUGAAUUUGUCAUGCGUCACAAAGGAGCAAAGCACUUGAGACCAGCUGCUCACCAUCUCACCUGGUAUCAGUACCACUGCCUGGACGUUCUGGCAUUCUUGUUCACCUGUGCAGCCACUGCUGUCUUCAUUCUUGUCAAGUGCUGCUUAUUUUGCUGUAGGAAACGUGUCAGGAUUGCAAAGAGGAAGAAAGAAUAGACAUCCUGUUCCCAUCAGCAUGUUUUCUUCUCUUAGGCUGAUUCAGCAACGCAUUUAUUUAUGCACAUUCCUUGAUGAAUAAAAUUAUUAGGAUACGCAUUAAGCUGGGCAUAUCAUGAAGCACCCCAUUGAACUGGAUCAUGCUAAAAGCUGUUGUGGGGCAGAGCUGCUUGCUUAGCCAGCAAAUUCCUUCUGGCCUAAAUAAGAUUGAAUUAUAGUUACUUUAUUCCUUGGGACCCUGUUAGCUGAUCACACAUUGUCCCUAGAAUGAUAAUUGCCGCUCUAACUUUUCAAAUUCAUUUUGGCAUAUUGAAUGAAUUCAGCCUUCCCAUGUAUGGUACUGUGGGUCCCUCAAUCUGCAACUAGUCCUUUUAACUCUCUCCUCACCUAUAAUGUCAUCCAGGCUUGAUGCCAAAAUGCCUCUCCUGUCAGAGUAGCUCCCUCCAGAUUCGAUAGUGAAGAUCACAAGCUCCUGAAAAGUGCCAUGGCCCAGACCGUGAAAAACUGGGAGCUGCAAGUGGCUGGUGAAGCGUGUAUCAUCAUGUUUUUACAAAUGCACUACUUGGGGGCUGAGGGGAGACCAGAGUCCUAAAGCCAGCAGAUAAAUUACUUUUCUGAGACACAUUUCUCCUUUCCAUUCACUGUAUGCCUGGAGUCCUGUAGAGGCAUCAUUCUAACUGCAACACUAUAGGGAUGUGAAAACCACCUCUGUCAGUAACUUGCCCAUCUUAACCCCCAAAUGCCUCCGAGCCAUUCUAACUGAUAAAUGCAGGAAAACCUCUGGAGAUGGAGGUUGCAACUUGCAAAGAAGUAACAUUACAUGCAGGAACAGUGCAAUAGUCACUUGCCUUGCCUGAAAAGUUGCAGGGAAAAUAAUGCUGCUCUUGGCUUGGGUAAGCAUAGCAGUAAAUGCAGCACUCCCGAAAUUGUUCAAGGUGCACUUACUGACGAAAGCCUACUGAAGUGAUGCCAGUUCAGACCUCCGGUUCUAGAUAAGGUUACUCCACUGCUGUGCCAGCUUACUCAAGAAAGAACCUGCCCCAAUUUUAACUGGUAUUUGCUGUAUUCUGGAUGCCACAGAAUUGUUUUCUAACAGAAGAGGCUGAAAAAACAUGUUGCAUUUGUUUAUGUAAUAAA